ACGAGAGGAACUUACAUGAGAGGACUCGAGCGUCUGAAGGAAGAUUUAGAGUUCUGUUUGUUUCUGUUUUUUUUUUCCUUAAAAAAGAGCGUGUUUUUAAUUUUAAAAAACAAAGUUAAAAAAGACGUGGUCUUUCUCACAUACACAGAUCCCUAUGGAAUAAAAGGAACAACCCCUCCCCCAUUUCCAGGCAGCAUUGCUUGCUUGAAUUAAUUCCUUUUGUAACAGUUUAGAGAGACCAUUUUUGUUCUCUUUAGAGCGAGAAAGGCCCUUGAAAUGUUGUUGCAAUGAGUUUCUUUUCUGUCUAGUAGACAACAAAACAUCGACGUUUCAAAUGGGGAAACAGGCAACAGAUUUCUGUACAAUUAGUUUAUUUUCGCUUCAAUGAUUGAGUUUGCCUUCAAUCUGGGUAUAUAAACUGCUUAGAAAGAAAAGCAAGAGUGAGAAGAAGAUGAAGACUAUGAACGACGGUAGUAACAAUGGCAGCAAUAAUAACUGGCUGGGUUUCUCUCUUUCUCCCAACAUGAAAAUGGAGGUACCGACUGAUCCCCAACACCGUCAUCAUCACUACCAUCAGUAUAAUCAAGCUUCAGCAGCUGCUGCUAAUGUUGUUCCUACAAGCUUCUACUUUUCUUCUUACUUAAACGGGCCUGGAAUCUUCUAUGGAGUUGGAGAAAGUGAAGGCUUUCACGCCCCAUUGUCUGUCAUGCCGCUUAAAUCAGAUGGUUCUCUGUGCAUCAUGGAAGCUCUUAGCAGAUCACAAUCGGAAGGGAUUGUGCCUACUUCAUCCCCAAAACUGGAGGACUUUCUGGGUGGUGCAACAAUGGAUACACAUCAGUACGGAAACCACGAAAGGGAGACGAUGUCUCUAAGCUUAGACAGCAGCGUUUACUACCACCAAAAUGCAGACCAUGAAACAAACAGGCAACAUUCUCUGGACCUUCUGCAGGAGCCAUUCAGGCAACAAGACCAAAACUUUCCUGUUCAAACGCAUCCUUAUUAUUCAGGUAUGGCUUUUCAAGGCACGUAUCAAUCAUCACCGUUGGAGGAAGAGGCCAAGGAAGGCCUACUUGAAGAGUGUGAUGCAAUGCCUUGCUUAAAAAACUGGGCCGCUAGGCACUACUCUGCGCAUACUUCACUUGAACAACAGAUGGCUACUAGCAUGGUUGAUGAUGCACCAGCUUCGGUUUCUGUUGGUUCAAUCGGUUGUGGGGAUUUACAAUCUCUAAGCUUGUCAAUGAGCUCUGGUUCUCAGUCUAGUUGCGUUACAGCUCAAAGACAGAUCUCACCUACUGUCACUGAAUGUGUGGGCAUUGAAACAAAGAAGAGAGGGCCUGCAAAAGUGGCUCAAAAGCAACCUGUUCAUAGGAAGUCAAUUGACACAUUUGGACAAAGAACCUCUCAGUAUAGAGGUGUUACCAGACAUAGAUGGACGGGUAGAUAUGAAGCUCAUCUAUGGGAUAACAGUUGCAAGAAGGAAGGGCAAACCAGGAAAGGGAGGCAAGUUUAUCUUGGGGGUUAUGACAUGGAAGAGAAAGCUGCUAGAGCUUAUGAUCUUGCGGCUCUCAAGUAUUGGGGACCCUCCACUCAUAUAAAUUUUCCCCUUGAAAAUUAUAGGCAAGAACUGGAGGAAAUGAAGAACAUGAGCCGUCAGGAAUAUGUUGCUCAUCUAAGAAGAAAAAGUAGUGGAUUCUCUAGAGGGGCUUCAAUUUACAGAGGAGUGACAAGACAUCAUCAACAUGGAAGAUGGCAAGCUCGCAUUGGAAGAGUAGCUGGAAACAAGGAUCUUUAUCUUGGAACAUUUAGCACCCAAGAGGAAGCAGCUGAAGCAUAUGACAUUGCGGCCAUCAAGUUCCGUGGUGUUAAUGCUGUGACAAACUUUGACAUUACUAGAUAUGAUGUCGAAAGGAUCAUGGCCAGCAAUACUCUGCUUGCCGGAGAGCUAGCUAGGCAAAACAAAGACACUGAUUCGAUCAAUGAGGCCAAUACACCAACGCUACCCAAUAGUGAGACCAUUCAACCUGAGGGUAAAGAGAAGAAUUCGGAUUGGAAGAUGUCAUUGUGUCAAUCGUCACAGCAACAAGCAAGUGUUUGUGGUACUGUCCAGUCACUUGAACCGAAGUCUGUGAGUUCCGGAAAUUAUCGAAACUCAACCUCCAUGGCUCUCCAGGAUCUCAUUGGCGUUGAUUUUGGGAACUCUACACAGCUAAUGGUGGACGAGUCAUCCAAGCCAGGAACUGACUAUUCCAACCCAUCAUCGUUGGUAACCAGUGUUACCAACUCGAGAGACGCCAACCAUGCUAAAACAGGCUCUACGAUGGUCUUUGCCAAGCCACCCACCGCAUCGAAGUUCAUUAGUCCGACAAAAAAUGGUGUUAAUUGGUUCCCAUCAUCAACAGCAGCCCAACUGAGGCCUGCUGCUGCCAUUUCAAUUGCUCACCUGCCCCUUUUUGCUGCCUGGAACGAUACCUAGAGGGGGAGGCAAAGUUUUGAUUAUGUCUACUAAAAGUGCAGUUAACGGGAAGGGAAUUU